UUGGAGAUGGAGGUCGAUGAGACAUAAAUUUAUUUAAAUUUCACUAUAAUAAACAAAAAUGGGUAACACAGCGGUCGUGGCACAGGGCGUUAAGAAGCAAGGCGAAGCUAGGAACCUUUACCAGCUUGUCAAUUUAAAGGGUGGAGGGGAAUUAGUUGAGAUAGCAAAGAAAGCUGGUUGGACCAAAAAUUAUUCUGAACUGGAUGCAAAGAUUUUGACAGAGGUCCCAAAGUUUUUGUAUAACAAUGGAGAUGGAAAGAAAGUUCCCAUUGUUGACAUAAUAAUGAUGCGCAAUAAGGAAAGACAAAAGACGGCUAUAAAGAUGGGAAAAGAGAAACAAAAAAUGGCUAAUGAGCUUGCAAAAAUUGACAUGAACUUGACAGAUGCUGAGGGCAACUAUUUACAUAGUAAACCAGAGUUAGAUGAGGAAGACCGGAAGUACAAGGAGGUUUGCUGGAAGAUUGAAGAGCGAGGCACAGUAGGGGAGACAAUUCUUCACUUGUGUCUCCUGAACUCUUCAAUAAUACACGCCAACCUCGCAAAGCGCCUGCUUCUUCAUUUCCCCAAGCUGAUCAAUGAUAUCUAUCUUGGGGAGGAAUACUAUGGAGAGAAUACCCUGCACAUGGCGAUUGUGAUUGAGGACCCAUGCAUGGUGAAGUAUCUACUUGAUAAAGGUGCUGACUACCACCAGCGAUGUUGUGGAGCGUUUUUCACGCCGUUUGAUCAGAAGGAUUCUCGGACGGACAGUGUCGACCAUGAAUGGGUGGAUGUGUGUGCGAAAACAAACUAUGAAGGGCAUGUGUAUUUUGGGGAGUAUCCGCUCAGUUUUGCUGCCUGCCUGGGUCAGGAGGAAUGUGUACGCUUGUUGAUUGCCAAGGGAGCUAACCCUAACCUCCAGGACAGCAACGGUAACACAGUCAUGCACAUGUUGGUCAUCAUGGACAGAAAGGAGACCGUUAUGGACGGAGAGACCACUUAUGAGCAAGAUUCCAUUAUUCCUCAAACUGAUUACACAAAAACAGAGCCAACAGAGAUGUUUAACAUUUUGUACAGCUUGGGAGCGAGGCUCGAUAUCCGAAAUAGACAGGGGUUGACUCCUCUAACCCUGGCCGCAAAACUUGCUCGAAAAGAGAUGUAUGAGCACAUUCUGGAGAUAAUACGGCAUAUUCACUGGAUCUUCGGUAACGUGACAUGUGCUGGGUACCCUCUCCCAGACAUUGACACAAUCAGCGCUGCAGGAGAGCUGGACAAAUUCUCGGUCCUAAACCUCGUGGUUUAUGGGGAGUCAGAAGGGCACCUUGACAUGAUGGAUGGACUGAUUGUCAACCUGCUGAAGGAGAAAUGGAAGGUCUUUGCCAGAUUCAGAUUUUACCGGAGGUUUGCGAUCUUCAUUGUGUACUUCCUCUUGUUUGUAUCGUCCUUUGUACUUCGUCCGGGAACUGAUCGUUGCCCAACAACCCGACAAGUGAACGGGACAAACGGAAACAUGCAGAAUGUGACGGAAAUUGAUAGUGGCUACCUCCUCAAGAUCUGCUCGAACGAGGACAUUGCGCGUUUUGUAUUGGAGAUAUUGGUUCUGACUGGAGCAAUCAUGUACCUGUUCCUCGCUAUGAAGGAAAUAUUCCAUCAAGGUUUCAACAUCUUCUUCACAACACUGAGAGGUGCCCCAACAAAAGCCAUGUUCCUGCUAGCAUGCCUGUUUGUUGUGAUGAUGUUACCGGGUCGGGCGGCGGGGGCCUACCAGUAUGAAGACGUGAUGGGGGUGCUCGCCAUACUUUUUACCGCACCCUAUUUCCUCUUCUUCUGCAGAGGUUUUCGGAUUGUCGGCCCAUUUGUUGUCAUGAUCUACAAGAUGAUCCAGGGUGACCUGAAAAGGUUCAUCAUCAUCUACCUAGUCUUCAUCAUCGGCUUCUCACAGUCAUUUUACAUAGCUUUCAUAGGCAGUUCAUGUAACCCUAAAACUGACCCCUGUGUGUUUGCGAACCCUAUUGAUGCUGUACUUGGAACAUUUUCAAUGUCGGUUGGAGACUUUGAAGACAUUGUACAAACUUUCCCGUUCUCUAGAAAUACUACAAUGCUUAGCCUGAUGUUUUGCCUGUACAUGAUCAUGGUAACUCUUCUGCUUGUCAACAUGUUGAUUGCUAUGAUGGGAAACACAUACCAGCUUGUAGCAGAGACGCAGAAGGAGUGGUUUAGACAGUGGGCGAAGAUUGUGCUGGUGAUAGAGCAAAGUGUGACAACAAAGGAACGGCAGAAGUUUCAGGUUGCUUACUCCCAACCUGCGUUAGAUGGGCGCAGGGCCUUCCCCAUCAGAUGGUACCAGUCGGACCGAGAGAAGGAGGAGAGGCGACUGGCUCGGGAGGAACAGAGACGCAAACAGAAGGAGAAGAUGUCGCAGAGUCGCUGGAAGAAGAUGAAAAAGACUGCAGUCUUUGCAAAGACCAUCAAUCUCAAGGACGUGCGAGAUGGGAAAAUUAACGCCUAGUUUGAAAGGAACUUGAUGGGAACUUACAAAAAUGUGCGAAAUUUAGUGGGAAUUGACUGAAAUGUGGGAAAUUACGUGGGAACUUACUGCAAUUUGGGAAAUGUAGUUGGAACGUAAUGAAUUUGGGAAAUUUAAUACCUAGUUUAAUAAAAACAUACUGAACUGUAUAAAGUUUAACACCUUAAAUAAGAAACUUACUAAAAUGUGGGAAAAUUUAUACCCAGUAAGUUUAAUGGGAACUUACUGAAAUGAGAGAAAACAAUCAAAUGUUAAUAUGUGGAACUCCAAAGUUGUUGUUGGAAUUUCGUCCAAUUACUUGUACAGUACACUCAACGAGUUAGACCCACUUUUCGUUUCCCUCCGCGGACUUUUCGCUAUCGCGGCCAGCACAAUGAAUUUAUCGACUGUCCGCAUUGCUCGGAGUUUGAAUUUAGGGCCCUCGGAGGGUGAUCAGUCGACCGAAGAAUAAAGAACGUGGCGUUCCUCAGAGGGGUUAACUCUGCAAAACUCUGCAGACACUUGAUAAGAAUCUACGCAAAAGUAAUUUUUUUGUUAUUAAAAUUUUCAACCGAUUAUGACGGCUCCAGUAAAUUGCUAUUAUUCUUUUUCCUUUGCCCGUUUUGCAUGAAGUUAGCUUACCACAAGAAUGCAGUCGUAUUUCACUAGUUGCACAUGCAUCUUAAAAUUGUGUUUUUGCUCAUGACUGAAUGCAUUGAUAAAUACAUUUCACCCGAGAAAGGCAAGGUUACACAUUUUCGGAAAAUCAGGUCAAACACGCGUUCAAAGUUCACAGCGCAUGGUUGAAGGCCUUCUUGCCUCGUUUUCUGUGGAAAAUUCCAUUAAACAUCAUAGCUAUUUUUAACCACCAAUAAUAAAUAGUAUAUUCCACAUUGUAUUGAUCACGCACUUGAUGUCAGAGGUCAUGGUUCAGAAUUGUGUAAAAUGUCGGAUGCUUUAUGAUGCAAUACAAUUAGUGGCAAUACUUUAAUAAUUCAAUGUUUAUUAUUCAAGAUAAUAUUCAAUUGGCUUUUACGGAAACAAAUACAAAUAAAACGUUGGUAAGAAUCUAUUACGAUUAACAAUGUGCAUAAGCAUAAAAAUAAAUAGCUUCUAAACAAGAAUGAUUUCUUGCUUAUCUGAUUAGAUUCGGGGUCCCGCCGAGGGAUCAUAAAAUCGGACGAUUUUCCAUUUCGUUCAUAUCAAACUUGGCGGUGAGCCAGCCACUCGGAGGAUCUCGGGGGUAUUUUAGCAAGGGCAACAGUUUUACCCUCGGAGGAAAUCCGCGUUCAUCGACUUUAUCCCUCGGAGUGAGCGAGGAAAGUGGGUCUAACUUGUUGAGUGUACUGUAAAUGUUGUCAUCCAUUUUAAUUAAUACUUUUACUCAAUUACACAAAGCCUGUUAGCCAGAAAUGCAAUUUAGUUUGAUGUUGUUAUUGAAUAGUGCCAGUAUUUUAUUUGCGUUAAUUGUUAUAUCACUUUGACAUAUUGCAUUUAUAGUUACAAAAUGUAUGAAGAAUAUUAUAUUGGAAUCAAAAUGUUUUUUAUCAGAGUAAAUCGUGUACAAAUAUUUUUUGUUUAUUUUUUACUCUUAAAAUCAAAACUGAUAUUUGAUAUUUAAAAUACCAUGACAUUUUAACAUUUGUGUUCAUUAUAUUUUCCUGAAGCUGUUAGUAAUUGUUUAUCUAUAAUGUUAACUUAUAUUUUGUCUUUAUUGUUUUAAGAGUACUUUUAUAUGGUCCAUCUUAAUGAAGAGCGUACAACGGGAUAUUGUACAAUCUAGGAAUUCAAAUGAAUACUUGACGAGUGUCAAGAUUGCACAUAAACCUAGUCUAGCCUUUCCAGUCAUACAAGUUGUUCUGAAUUAUAUUUCAUCAUAACCAAGUAAAUCUUUUCGAAACCUAAAACUUACGGCAUGAUCAUUGACAAGAUGGUGCCAUAGCUAUUUGAAACAAAAUAAAAUGCAGGCAGAUCUACUUUGUUUUAUAGGAUGGUGGGAAGAGAACCAAUUCUCUCCACAGAAGGAGAAUAAAAAACAAUCCUCCAUUGUUUUAGUUUUUAUCAAUGGAAUGCAGUAAAGUCUGUCAUUUAUUUAGAUCAUUUUAUGAGGAACUUAUAAAAAAUCUUGUUUAUUGCCUUGUUCUUAAAGUUUAGGUAUUAUGAUAGCCUAUAGCAUCAUCGUUUGCAUGCAAGAACAUUAACCAUGGCCACAACUUAUAAAUGUUUAAGAUAUUGUAACAAAACAUGGUAAACAUAUAGCCAGAGACAAAAGGCACAUAACUCUUGCAAUAGUAAUAGUUGUAUACCACCUAAUAAUUGUUGUUUAUAACCUCUUUUCAACUGUAAAAACAGCAUAUGAGCCAUACCCCUUGUGGUGCCUCAAUUUAUGUUUUUUUAUAAGAAGAAAAUUAAUAUGCAAAUUUCGUUCUGUUUACCUAUUAAGGAUCUAAAACAGUGUUUACAGUGAUACAGUUUACAUUCCAAUGGUAUGAUGUGAUUUUUGUGAUAUCUAUUAAACUGCUGAUUGUCGUACUGUGAUAUUUUGUGAUGUAUUAUUUUGUUUGUAACAUAUAAUACACUUAUAAUACACAUAAUACAUUUGUACUGUAUAUAAUUUGUUAUCAUUGGAUACCCACAACUGACCCAUUCUGUUUCAGCAAUGUACAGUUAGUAAUAAACAGAAUUGGCUGCACGUGGGUAUCGGACGAUCGUCAAAUGAAUAAAUAUGUCAUUUAUGAGCUUAAACGACAGCCGCUUGAUAUACAUUUGUUGUCAUUAGGACAUUGAAUAUUAAUUGUCUGAAUGUUAAUCUUUAUUUUUUUUAAAUUUGUAUUUGUACUGCUGUUUACUAGGAUCAAGAUAUGAAACUGUACAAAAUUCCUACUACUGAUUACAAUUGAGGCCUUCUGCUGGUCAUAUUUGGCUAUUUUUAUGUAUACGUGGUAUGUUAGAAUUAUCAAUAUUAAUGUACUUGAGCAUUUUUAUAUAAAGUCACAUUUCAAAUAAUUGACAAAAUUGAACCCUUACUGCACUUAUUUACAUAUGGAGGUAUUCAAGACCAUUCAACCAAUGGAGCAAUUAACUAACUACUAAGCCCAGGGUUCAUAUUCACUAACAACUUGAGUCUGACUUAAAGCUGCACUCUCAGAGAUGAAACGUUUUGACAACUUUUUAUCCCCCGCCUAUGAAAUAGGGAGGGGGAUAUUGAAAUGGCGUUGUCCUUCCGUCCGUCUUUCCUUCCGUCCGUCCUUCCUUCCUUCCGUCCGUCCGUCCAUCCGUCACCUGCGUUUUCUCAGUAACUAGCCGGUAGAAUUUCAUGAAACUUAAAAUAAAUAUGAACCACUAUACUGGAAUGAUGCCCGUCCAAAAAAAAUUUUGAUUGGUCAAUUGUCCUUGGAGUUAUUGCCCUUGAUUUUUAAAAAAAAUGCACAUUCACAGCCAUUUCUCAGUCACUAGCUGGCAGAAUUUCAUGAAAGUUAAAAUAAAAAUGAAUUACUAUACUGGGAUGAUGCCUGUUCAUUUUUUUUUUGGAUUGGUCAAUUGUACUUGGAGUUAUUGCCCUUGAUUUUUUGAAAAACUCUCAUUUACAGCCAUUUCUCAGUAACUAGUUGGUAGAAAUUCUUGAAACUUGAAAUAAAUAUGAACCAAUGUGCUUAUCUUAUUCUUUCUGAGAUUUUUUUUAACCUUCAAGCACAAACAAGCCAUCAAGCACAAACAAGCCAUCGUUGGCGGGGGAUAUCUUUUCACUGAAAAUGCUUGUUUUUUUUGUCUUGGAACGAGCCAAUUUUUGCGAAACUCCAUGGAAACAAGUUAUAUAAGACUGCUGACAAAAAAUUAGAUCACAUUUUAAUAUUUAAAAAAUGAUGUUUAAUGCAUUUUUCUUAAACUGUUAGUAACGGUUUAAGCCAUAAAAUAUUAAUUUUCGAACAGAAAUAUGAAAAUCUGCGAUCUGAUCUGUUGCAGCAGUCUUAUAUCAGUAUUUUGCAGAUAUUUACGCAAAAAUUUGCUCAUUCCAAGACAAAAAAAUAAAAAGUUGUCAAAACGGUAAAUAGUUGUCAAAACGGUAAAUCUGUGAGAGGGCAGCUUUAAAUAAGUGACUUUGAUGAAUGAUCCCAAAUCUAGAUUUUUAAUAUAGAAAAUGUUACAAUGAUGGUUAAACAUGAUGUUUGCAACAUAUGUGGCCAGUUUAACAAGUAUUGUUCUUUUGAUUAUAUCGUUGAAAUACAAUGAAGAUGUGCAGUUUUUAUUAUUGAGUCUCAUAACACAGACUUGGGACAUUAGUGGAUAAGAACCCUGGACAAGUGCGUGUGGACUGUGGUUGAGAAGAUUAUUUUGCAAAACUUACCAUCUACAGUAGUAAUCUGUUUUAAAUGCCAUGUUAAUCAUUUAGAGUUAAAAGGGUCAUUGUUUGUUUCAGUGUAUUUUAGCUUGCUAGGUAUUUGGUGUCAGUACCAAAAGCUUUAUUUCAUGUGUGGCAUAGCCAUGUGUUAGAUAUUUACUUUUGGGGUUCACGAGGUGAAAUAUAAACAUGGAAACAAACAAUUUUCAUUUUUAUUGUAGACCUAAAACUACAUAAUAUUUGAUUUUGAAGUGAGAGCAGGCUAAAAUAUCAAAUAGUUAUUUUCACUGUUUAAAACAGUGAAAGGUCAUUUUAAUGUCUCAACAUACAACACCGGAAAGCAUACUGGUAUAUUAAAUGAAUGUGAUUUAUAUUAAUGUUGCUUUUUAUCAGUCUGCAAUAACAAACUGACUUGCCUUAUAUUAUUAUAAUAGAGGGGAAAAUUAUGAUUGAUGCAUUUCAUGUCUGAAGUUAUCUUUAAAUAUAACUUUUGAUUUUUAUUCUGGUAAUUUUGUAUUCUCUUAAAUAUAAUUGUAUUUGUUAUAUAUUCAAUUUGGUAAUUUUACAGCCAAAAUCCCGUCCAUGACAAACAACAAUUGUGUUGAACUUAAGUAUUUGUUAUAUAUGUAUAUGUUGAUGCUUUUGUGAAAUAAACUUUAAUUGGUAAGCCUU